AUGAGCAAUAUUAGUAGAAGCCAACUAUCUGCUCUUUCGACUAGAGUUGGUACUGUCACAUGCCCUUUACUAAUCAUAUCUCCUACUGAAUUUGAACAGGUAUGGAGAGAGGUUAAGUGGGAUAUUUCUAAGGUUAAUGCAGUAGUAGAUCUAUUUAUAUCACAUUGUGAAGAUGACAUUAAAAAGAAUAGUAAACAAAUUCUCAUGUCUAAUUUUCAAUUAAUGGAACUACUAAAGGUUACUGGAUUAAGCUGCUAUUCAAAUCGCGGUGGUUUUAGUUCACUUCAGCGCAAUGAUCUAUGUUCAAUAGUCAUGGGAGUUCCCUUCAUUGAUAAAAAAAACUUUUUGCGCUUAAUGUGCUUGUUAGAUCGUUCCACACCUCACACAACAACUACACCAGCAGGUAUUUGUAGACUUAAGUUAGUAUUUGCAUUUUAUGAUUGGGGAUGGAAAGGUUACUGGGAUAGUAGCGACUGGUCCAGAUUAAGGAGUGACCUUAUGACUAGAGGAGGUAGUACUAGUAAUAGUAGUGAUAUUAGCCCAAUGCCCCUAACACUAGCAGAAGGUAUUAGACAACUGACACGUGAUAUAUCAAUAAGGAAACGGCAUUCAGCAUUAGGAGGCAAAGAAAGUCCAACUGCAAACCAAAGAGUUGGUGGAUUAUGUGGAAGGACUGGCGGUACUCCACCAGGUACACCCCCAAGAGAUUUUGCUGAUUAUCUAGCUUCAGAAAAAUCAAUUGUAGAUUUCCAGUUAUUCCAAAAAUUUGUCGAAUAUCGCAUUAUUAAGGGCACUUCUCAGUUACUCAGGAUAAUAUUACCUGAUUCAAAUGCAGAUAUUGCCAAUAUUAAAAAGCAAGAUGUAAAUUUAAAUGAGACAACUAUACAACUAAAUGACUCUAUUCUGCUAACCAAAAAGAAAAGCAACAAUCUUGAGUUGUCAGAUGUAUCUAGUCUUGAAAAUAAGUUGAGGAGUACUCAUAUUGGAGUAAAAUUAGUUUCUCCUAAUAUUCAAUAUUCACCAAUAAUAAACUCAGCAUCUAUCGGUGUAUCUUUUGAAGCCAAUGCAAUGGAGGCAAUGUUUGGUCCCCCACCAAGAGAUUUACAUGGUAUAUUUUCUGAUAAAAUUGAUACAGAAGAUAUAUUUUUAUCUUCCAUAGUUGGACCAUCUUCUUCAACUCCAGUUAAGAAGAGUCGUUCCUCCCGUCUUCCUGUAUCUUCAAGUCCUAGCCAUUCUUCUAAAAAUGGACCUCCAGUAUUAGUUUGA